UUUUAUCUCCAUCUUAGACAGCACUGACGCAUGUAGACUUCAUGACUGGGACAAUGUGCCGGGCUACGGGCAGUUCCUGAUGGCUCAUGUCUAUCAACAACGGGCAGUAUCUACCUACCCCUGAAUCUGUGUGUGACCUGGGAGAUGGAGAAACAGUCAGAUGCUAACAGGACUGUGGUCACCACCACCCCCACCACAUCAGCUACUGUAACCAUGGCAACAGUCAGCUGCAGCAGCAGCACCAUGUGUGCCCCGGCGCCCUCUACCUCCCUCAGCAUCAUCUCACCAGACAGACAGGCUGUCCAGGUGAUCCAGCACGCCAUCCACAGACCUCAGAGCAUGGCAGCCCAGUACCUGCAUCAUAUGUACGCAGCCCAGCAGCAGCACCUCAUGCUGCAGACAGCAGCCCUGCAGCAGCACCCGCACUCCCCCCACCUGCAGAGUCUGGCCACAAUACAGCAGGCUUCAGUGCGUCAGAGACAGUCACCCUCAUCAUCUAGCAGUGGUUUGGUUCACCAGCCUGUUGCUUCAUCUAUAACACUUCCAUCAUCCCAAGUAACGGCCCAGCUGAUUGGUCGAACCCAAACAUCUAACUCCGCCAGUGCAGCAACCUCCAUAUCCCAACAGGCCAUGCUUCUGGGAAGCAGACCUUCCAACUGUAGCCAAGCUCAGAUGUACCUCCGCACUCAAAUGCUCAUCCUGACGCCUGCAGCCCCAUUGGCUGCAGUUCAGUCAGACCUUCCAGCUGUCACCUCCUGCUCGUCACUACCUACCUCCUCUCAGGUGCAGAAUCUAGCCCUACAUGCCCAUUUGCCUGGCGCUCUGGCCACCGCCAGAUCACACCACAGUGUGAUUUUAAAGCCAUCUGCCCAGUCUCAAGCAACCACCUUAUCCAAGACAUCAGUCUGUGCUCCCAAGACUAACCAGCUGACCGACACAUUAACAGAAACAGGACCUGCUGGUGUCUCCCAACUGUCCCCAGGAGCUAAGAUUAUAACACCAGCUUACUCUCUGGUUAAGCAGCAGCUGUCCUGUCAGCCAGGCCAGCACCAGCUCAUCCUCCAGCAGACAACAGGAGGAACUCAACAACACCGCCAACUUCAACCCAUCGCCCUCCGAGUCGCACCUCCAGAAACCAACUCCACCCCUCUCUCUCUUUCAAUUAAAAGACUGACCACAAACAGCACCCAAUCGCAAACUAACAAUGACGCCCCAGCUUCUUCUUCAUCUUCUUCUGUUACCAGCGUUUUUGCAUCAUCAACUCAUACCUCAAUCCCAGCAGCAGCUGUCCAACCUCAGCCUCCUCCUCUGGUGGCUGCUCCUCAGCGUCGGACCUCAUUUCCUCAAGUGCUGAAUCAACCCCCGCCUCCCCCUCCACCUCUGGUUCUCCCCAGGCUCUCCCAUAAUCCCCCUGCCUCCCUCCAGAGGCUCUCUCUGCACUCUGUCCAGGCCUUAGCAGUCCAGUCAGGACAGGUGCUGCUGACAGAGCAGGAGUUGCCUGUAGCUGAGGCUCUUGUCCAGAUGCCCUACCAGAACCUUCCUCCUCCUCAGACUGUGGCUGUGGACCUAAAAGUUCAUCCAGUCAAACCAAGCGAAACCCCAUCACCUGGGCAAACAUCCAAAGUGAAUGGAUUGAGCUCAUCAGAGAAGAAAGAUGAUUGUUCUGACAGUUUGCAGAGAGAAGGGACCGCCAUACCUCCACCUGUGCCUCCAGCAGAGCAUAACAGUGCAGCAGUGUUGGACUACUCCUUCAUCACAUCCAGUUCUUCAGUCAUCAAGUCACCAGCUGUUGAAGAGCUGUCCCAGCUCAGCGCUACCAACAGCAGCAGCAUCAACCCUCCUCCUCCAUCUCCUCCUCUGCCUCCUCCCAUCCUCCCAGCAGCAGUCCGAGGCCCCAGCCAGCCUCCUACCUCCCCAGACAGCCCCUCAGUGAGCCCUGACAAGAUCCUCACAGCCCAUGUUCUCACACACCUGGUAGAGGGUUUCGUUAUUAGAGAGGGUCUGGAGCCUUUCCCGGUGUUUCCCACAUCGCUGUUAUCAGAGCAGCAGGCUUCCCUGCCUGAAUCCCAGGAGAUUCAAACCAAUGGCAAUGUAACGGCAGAUGACAGUCCACUGGAGGCUGACCUGUCUGACUCUACGGACUCUGAGAUGGAAAAUGACGAAACUACUGCAGAUGAUCUGGUGGAGAGUGCAUCAGGUGUGCUGGAGUGCGAGUUCUGUGGGAGUCGAGGUUAUGCUAACACGUUUCUGCGCUCCAAGCGCUUCUGCUCCAUGGCAUGUGUCCGAAGGUUUAGUGUGAGCUGCACCAAGCGUAUCAGCUCGCUGAGAGCAGGCUGCUGGGGUCACAGGCCAAUGGGCAGGAGAGGACGACCCCCUAGCAGAGUCAAUGGAGCCUCCAGAGAACAUUUUCUGAGACAGACUUCCAGGACUUUCAGUUCAGAGGAGGUCCAGCAGAGCUCACAGAGAGAGGAAGAGGAAUAUGAGCCUCCGGUUCCCAUGACAACCAGGCUCCGGAAACAGGCCGAGAGAUGGCGAGAGAGGGAGAGACAGACCGAGCGAGAGCAGACGGUGAUGGAAACAAUCAACGUUUCUGAUGGAGAGAAAGACGUCGACUGUCCGUCUCAGUGGAACGUGGAACAAGUGUUCUCGUUUAUCAACUCCCUGCCAGGUGGUCAGGAUGUAGCCGAGGAGUUCCGCUCUCAGGAGAUCGAUGGACAGGCUCUUCUGCUCCUCACAGAAGAUCACCUGGUCAGCACCAUGAACGUCAAACUGGGGCCAGCACUGAAGCUCUGUGCUCACAUAAAUUCCCUGAAAGAUGCAUAGAAAAAUUCAUGGUUUCUUGAUUAGAGCCAGAAUCAAGAAAACAAGAAGGACUGUGUUUUUAUCCUGCAGGGAUAAAAAGCUCUGUCAUUGUUCAUGUUGUCUGAAUCAUUCUGUAACGGAGUGAAUCAUGUUGAACUAAAAUAACUUGCACAGAUGCAGUUUUUUUCUCCAGACCGUGCACUGCCAAAGUUUCACUCCUGGCGCCUCCAGAGAUGACUCCACACUGCCACAGCUGAUUUCUGCACACAUGAACAUUUCCUGCUAUCACCUCUUAUCAAAAUAUUGUAGUGAUUGUAGAUUGACUCUGGUUAUCCAUUUGUUUAAAAAAUGGUUUAAAAAGGGUUUUAUUUAACAUUUGUAUGGAAGCCCCGAGAGGAAAACCAGAAAAAAAGAUUCUACAUUUAAGUAAUGUUUUUGUCUUGUUUUAUGACUGAACAUGACAGAAUGAUCUUUGUUAGGUGAGAGAUGCUCCGUGCAUAACUCCACUCUAUCACACACUUCAGUGCAUCUACAAUUUCAAACUACAGAAGUAGCCUGAGGUAAAAAUUAAAACAUUUGCAUUAAAAUCUAAUUUAAAGUAUUGAAAACAGAACAUGUGCUCUUUGACAUUAAAGGGUAUUUUUUCACAUGGACAAUCAAAAACCAAGUAUCUUAUCAGAUCAGAUUAAAUGAUGAUAGGUACAAAUGUUUUUCACUUGCUAUCAACAAUGAAAAAAAAAUGUUGACAAAUAACAUGGGGAAAUAAACCCUCACAUGUCUCUCGGAUACAUUUGUCAAAGUUCAAACAUUUUUUUUGUUUUUUAAAUUAGUUAUUGAGUCAUAACUCAGAUGACAAAACAUCUGUCAUCCUAGUCUUCAGAAACAGUUUUUUUUCCUUUCAGGGCUUCUGUACAUUUGAAUUUAAAGAAAAGAACUCUACCUUUGCAUCUCCAGUCACAAAGUUUACAAAAUAAAUCAUGCCUCAUAUCUUAUGGAUUAAAUUAGAUAAAUUUGACCUUAAAUUAGCACACAGUUGUAAUGA